AUGGCUCCUGGUGGAAACCAGAGCAGUGGUAUAACCGAGUUCAUCCUGGCAGGUUUCCCAAAUCUCAAUAGCACGAAAGCAGAACUGUUUUCCGUCUUCCUUCUUGUUUAUCUGCUGACUCUAACAGGUAAUGUGUUGAUCGUCGGGGUGAUAGGAGCUGAUACUCGCCUGCAGACUCCCAUGUACUUCUUUCUAGGUAACUUGUCCUGCCUAGAGAUUCUGCUCACUUCUGUCAUUAUUCCCAAGAUGCUGAGCAAUUUCCUCUCAGGGCAAAACACUAUUUCCUUUGCUGCAUGUAUUACCCAGUUCUAUCUCUACUUCUUUCCUGGGGCCUCUGAGUUCCUACUGUUGGCUGUCAUGUCAGUGGAUCGCUACCUGGCCGUCUGUCAUCCUCUGCACUACCCCUUGCUCAUGAACGGGGCUGUGUGCUUACGAGUGGCCUUGGCCUGCUGGGUCGGGGGGCUCCUUGCAGUGCUUGGCCCCGCAGUGGCUGUGGCCUUGCUUCCUUUCUGUGAACAGGAUGCUGUGGUGCAGCACUUCUUCUGUGACAGUGGCCCUCUGCUUCGCCUGGCAUGCACCAACACCAAGGAGCUGGAGGAAACGGACUUUGUCUUAGCUUCUCUUGUCAUCAUAGCCUCACUGAUGAUUACUGCCGUGUCCUAUGGUCACAGAGUCCUGGCUGUCCUGCGCAUCCCCUCAGUUUCAGGCCGGCAGAAGGCUUUCUCUACCUGUACCUCCCACUUGAUGGUGGUGACCCUCUUCUAUGGAAGUGCCAUUUUCCUGCACGUGCGGCCGUCACAGAGUGGCUCUGUGGAUACCAACUGGGCAGUGACAGCGGUAACAGCCUUGGUGACACCGCUGCUGAACCCGUUCAUCUAUGCCUUACGGAACGAGCGAGUGAGACAAGCUUUGAAGGCCGUGUUUAAGAAGGUAAUAGCAGGAUUUUGGUGGCAUCUUUCACUUGCUAGGAGUUUCAACAAGAAAACAGUGAGGUGA